CACCAUAGUAUGCAAAAGUGAACAACUUGUUGUUACAUAAGUAGUAUGGUACAUUAAGCAGAGUGUGACUUGUUACUUUUUGACCCCCCUUCGUGAUCAUCUUUUCAAUUUUUCCAGCAAGCGAACCAUAUUAAAAGCCGUGCUAUUAUUAUGUACAGUUGAUAUCGACGUGUCCGCCAGCCUUGGCAAUAAAAUCUUUGGGAAAUGAAGUCUGGCGUUCGGGGAAUCGGGCCAGCCCCGAGGCGUAGCUCAUAUGCCACUUUCCUCACCAUUAUCUGCUUCUGUGUGGGCCUUCUUGGUGGCUACCUGCUUCUCGGAAGCCCACGGACAGCAUACCAUGUAGGCUCAAGUGGCGCAGUAGGGGGCCGUAAGGAAGGCUCAACCGGCAGCAGCAAGGCAUGGAACACGCGGCGAGAGCUCUUCUCACCAAAGACCCGCGCCGAGGAGCUGCCCAGGAAUGUGGUGCUGGGGGAAAAGCCGCCAGCCAAGGGAGAGGUUUCCAAGGAGAUGGCUGCGGCGCUGAAGCAGCAGCAAUCGGACAAGUCAGAGCAUGCGGCGGCCGGCAAGGGAGGGGUUACCCAGGAGAUGGCCGCUGCUCUGAAGCAGCAGCAGUCAGACAAGUCCGAGCACGCGGCGGUGGCAGGAGGGCAGGACAGCCAGCGCAAGGAGAAGGAGGCUUUGAUGAAGGCCCAGCAGUCCGACAAGUCGGAGCACAAGGCCGCUGUGGGUGGCACCGCCCGCCAGGAGCAAGCCAAGACCGCCGUAGCAGGAGGCACCACCACCACCACCACUGCUGCUGCUGCUACUGCUACUGCUGCCACGUUGUCCAACACCACGGCUGCCGCCGCCAGCACCACCACCACCACCACGGCUGCUGCAGCCGCCUCUGCGCCCCCGCCGCCUCCCCGUCAGAGCAUCAAGGGAGUCUUCCCCGACGCCAACACCUGGCCCAUCACGCCGGUGAAGGAGAAGAUGCCGGGCAACACCAUCCACACGCUCUUCACCAGCAACGGCAGCCCCUACCAGAACAUCCAGGCGCGAGUCAUGGUGGGCACCUACAACAUCGUUCGCAAGAUGCCGGGCGGGGAGCGGCUGGUGGCGCUCACACGCAUCCUGCACCGCAGCACUCCGGACGAGGUCAUGGACGAGAUCCCCACCUUCCUGGCCAAGCCGCUGCAGCCCGAGUGCGACAAGUGGUGCUGGUUCCCGGUGGCGGACCGGGCCAAUGCGGUGCAGCAGUGGAUCGACGCGGCGGAGAAGGACCCCUCACUCGUCAAGGCUCCCUGGCUGCUAAUGCUUGAGACCGACUACGUGUGGAUGAAGCCGCUGCCCGACCCGGGGAAUGCGUACGACCGCUCCGUACCCGGCUGGUCCUUCGCAUUCGACUACAUCGCGCCCAGCAUUCCGAUCAUCCAGCAGCUGCUGCAGGAGCGCUGCCCCGACUGCGACGCCUCCACAGUGCCCAACUCCGGACCCGCACCCGUGCUGGCGCGCUUCUCGGACUUCAAGGCCGCCACGCCCAUUUGGGAGGAGCUGAGCAAGUGGAUUGAGACGCACGAGGACGCCAAGAAGAUGCUGGGCUGGGUUCGUGAGAUGUACGCGUGGGACAUUGCGGUUGCGGCCAACAAGCUCAACAUCCGCAACCAGGGGCCGCCCGUCACGCCGCUCAUCAGCCAGCCGCCGCACGACCGGGCGCUGGGGAACGCCUCCAUGUACCACUACACGUGGGGCACGCUGUACAAGAGGCCGGGUGUGGAGAAGGAGUUUUGGAUCUUCGACAAGCGCUCCUACACCGCGUAUGAGCACCAACUCAAGCUGCCCACCUUCCCGCUGCCCCCCGAGUGGACCGAGGGCAUCGUGUUGCAGGACGGCCUCCCUGUCACCCGGGAGCUGCACGACACCGUUGUGGACAUGUUGAAGCGCAUGAACGAGGCGGUGGCGCAGCUGCCCGACCUCACGGAGGCGGUCAAGAAGCAAAAGGAAGCAGCGGCGGCAGCAGCGGCUGCCAAGACUGCAACCACCACCACUACGACGACGGCGGUGGCAGCCACCUAGGAGGGAGGGGGAGGAGGAGGAUGCUGUUGUUGUGUUACCGGUUCCGUUAGUCAGGAGCUUGCUAAAGCAAUAAUCGUUCGGCUUAUGAGGAUUGUGCGGAUCUCUGAAGGGCAGGUCAAUCUCUUGCCUGCAGCUCGACUGUGGUUUUGACGUGCUGGAGCAAGGCAGUACAUAUAAUGCCAGGGAUGGGGCAUGUACAAUGGGUUUCGGGCCCCUGUUAACGUGUUAAGGCGUGAACAUGCUUGAAUGCAGCGAUACUUUUUUACGAAUUCGGUAACGGCCCUCACGUGGCCAUAGUUGACCAAUGGCUGUGCUAUGCGCUCCUUCCCGCCGGGUAUGCGUGCGAGCCGACUCGUGUGACGUAUGCGUACAUGCAAUGAUGAUGCAAGGCAGUGUAGACAAUCUACUCGUACGGUUCCAGGGGAGACCUUCUACAGAAACACCCGUGUUAAGGCAGGAGGGUACCGGUAUGUAUAGGGCAUCAACCACCAGUCGGGCACGAGCCAGUGCAAUGUUAUUUGUUGCGUCUUAUGCAAUGCAAACCUGCCGCGCUUGGCCCUCACGCAAUGUCCUGAUGCAGUGGGACCCUCCUGCUGGGUGACGAAAG